GAGCAAAGACCACACCCCUUGGAAACCAAGAGAGGGUGGGAAUGGGUUUGAUCUCGUCGAUGAUUGGUUGGUAUCUCUGACCAAUCACGUGCAUCGAGUGAUUUGCUAAUAGUUGUGAUCCCUCUCCCCGUGAGCUUUGGCCCACGUUUACAAAUGGGAAUAGGGUACGUAAGAGGGACAGCAAGUAUAGCCAAUGAAAUCUUGGGUCGUUAAUGGGCGGGAUGAAGCCCCUGCCAGGUUCAGGGCGGAAAGAGUUGCUCUGGAUAAGAAGGGGAAUGAAAGAUGGCGGUGGGAACGUUGCUUCCCAGUUUGUUGGGGCUGCUGCUUCUGGGGCUCUUGUUACCCGCAAGUCUGACUGGCGGUGUCGGAAGCCUGAACCUGGAGGAACUGAGUGAAAUGCGUUAUGGGAUCGAGAUCCUGCCUUUGCCUGUCAUGGGAGGGCAGAGCCAGGCUUCGGACGUGGUGAUUGUCUCCUCUAAGUACAAACAGCGCUAUGAGUGUCGCCUGCCAGCUGGAGCCAUUCACUUCCAGCGUGAAAGGGAGGAGGAGGCACCUGCUUACCAAGGGCCUGGGGUCCCUGAGUUGUUGAGCCCGAUGAAAGAUGCUCCCUGUCUACUGAAGACGAAGGACUGGUGGACAUAUGAAUUCUGUUAUGGACGCCACAUCCAGCAGUACCACAUGGAAGAUUCAGAGAUCAAAGGUGAAGUCCUCUAUCUUGGCUACUACCAAUCGGCCUUCGACUGGGAUGAUGAAACAGCCAAGGCCUCCAAGCAGCAUCGCCUGAAGCGCUACCACAGCCAAACCUAUGGGAAUGGGUCAAAGUGCGACCUCAAUGGGAGGCCCCGGGAGGCCGAGGUUCGGUUCCUGUGUGACGAGGGUGCUGGUAUCUCUGGGGACUACAUUGACCGUGUGGAUGAGCCCCUGUCCUGCUCUUAUGUGCUGACCGUUCGGACUCCUCGGCUCUGCCCCCACCCUCUCCUCCGGCCCCCACCCAGUGCUGCUCCCCAAGCCAUUCUCUGCCACCCUGCCCUGCAGCCUGAGGAGUACAUGGCCUAUGUUCAGCAGCAAGCUGACUCCAAGCAUUAUGGGGGUACAGUCCUAGAGGAUAUGCAAGACCUGGGCCCCCAGAUGUGGAGUGAGACCAAGUCUGAGGUGGUGCCCCCAAAGAGAGAAGGUACAAGCCCAACCAAGGACAGUAAAGAAUCAGAUUUCUGGAAGAUGGUUCAUGAGCAAGAGGACCAGGCCCUGGGAGAGGAGGAGGCACAGGCCGAGGAGCAAGAACCAAAUGUGGAGGCAGCAGAUCCAGCUCCACGCUCUCCUGAUGAUUUUCAGAACAAUGUGCAAGUCAAAGUCAUUCGGAGUCCUGCCGACUUGAUUCAGUUGAUAGAGGAGCUGAAAGGUGGAGCAAAAAAGGGGAAGUUGAACACAGGCCAGGAGCAGCCUGUUGACGAUGCUGCAGAAGUCCCUCAAAGGGAACCUAAGACGAAGAAAAAGGGUGUUGAUGCAGAACAGCCGAGUGAGGUGGAAAAAGAGGAGGAGGAGGAGGAUGAAGAUGACGAUGAGGAUGAACAGCAGUUACUGGGAGAAUUUGAGAAGGAACUGGAAGGGAUACUGCUGCCGUCAGACCGAGACAGGCUCCGUUCCGAGGUGAAGGCUGGCAUGGAGCGGGAACUGGAGAAUAUCAUCCAGGAGACCCUUCAUUUUCCUUCCACACUCCUUUGGGCAUUCCAGACAGAGAAGGAACUUGACCCAGACGGGCUGAAGAAGGAGUCAGAGCGUGAACGGGCAAUACUGGCCCUGACAUCCACUGUCAACAAGCUCAUCAAAAGGCUGGAGGAAAAACAGAGUCCACAGCUGGUGAAGAGGCACCGGAAAAGGGGGGUUGUCUCCAAAAAGCCUCCUGCCUCCCCGCAGCCUACAGAGGAGGAUCCUGAGCACAGAGUCCGGGUCCGGGUCACCAGGCUCCAUCACGGAGGCCCCAAUCAGGAUCUGACUGUCCUCGAGAUGAAACGGGAAAACCCACAGCUGAAACAAAUCGAGGGGCUGGUGAAAGAGCUGCUGGAGAGGGAGGGACUCACAGCAGAAGGUAAAAUUGAGAUCAAAAUUGUCCGACCGGGGGCUGAAGGGACUGAGGAGGACACGCGCUGGCUGACUGAUGAAGACACGAAAAACCUCAAGGAGAUUUUCUUCAAUAUUUUGGUGCAGGGAGCUGAAGAGGCACAGAAAGAGCGGCAGCGGCAGAAAGAGCUGGAGAGCAAUUACCGCCGGGUUUGGGGCUCUCAGGAUGGGGAGGGCACAGGGGACCUGGACGAGUUUGACUUCUGAGACCACCACUGCAGUUGCCCCUCCAAGGAGUCCAGAAUCUUUCUAGACUGGUCCUGCCUCCCUUGCUCCCCUCCACUUCACCCUGGGUCCCUGAAGGCAAAACAGCAGAGUGGUGCUGAGCUGUGGUCUUCAUGGGCCCCAACUCUGGGGGUGUGGAGGGGCUGCGGGGUAGGUGCUGCUGCUACUGCUGAGAGCCACCCUCAAGGCCUCACCAGGCCUGUGAUUUUCAGUCUCCCAGGAUUUGGCCCACCUCCCCUUCCUUGCCUCCCAGCGUUCCCUGUUACCCUCCCCGAGCUUGUUGGUUCUUUUCCCACUCCCUACCUAGAGAUACAGUAAGGUCUUUUGUGUGGAGUAGGGGAGGGAGAACAAGAAGUGUGGGGCCAUUUAGCAGGCCCUAAGAAGGCAAACAUCCCCAACCCCCUGCCCCGUUAAGAGAAUUCCCUGCCCCUGUUGCUGUUUGGGGAGCCCUGGUGGCAUAGUGGUUAAAGCACUCGCUUGCUAACUGAAAGGUCGGCGGUUUGAACCAGCUGCUCUGUGGGAGAAAGAUACAGCAGUCGGCUUCUGUAAAGAUUAUAGCCUUGGAAACUAUGGGGCAGUUCUGCUGUGUCCUACAGGGUCCCUGUGAGUUGGAAUCGACCUGAUGGCAAUGGGUUUUUAUUGCCGUUUGGAGUUACUUUACCCCUUCCUUUGGAUUGCUUUGGGAUUUCCUCCUCUCUUUCCCUGUCCACAUUGUCCCCUACAAUCUGUGCUUCCGAGUUGAGGAGUCUUCACCUCUGUUGCUGAAGAAAUGAGAGAAAGUUGCCCACGACCUCUGACACAAUCCCAGUGAAAAAGGGUGAGGGCGCAGAACCCCCACCGUGUUCUUGAACAAUCGGGUUUCUAAAUAAAGAACUGGACCGUCAAUUUAUCAGUCUUUUUUUCUUUUAGUGGGGAGGCGGUUGGGGGCUCAAGUAGGGAUGAGGCUUAGCGUUCUCUUCAGGGUGGUGUGCACAUUCUGUGAUCCUGUUCUUUGCUCCACACCUCCAAGCUGGUAUCAGUAGGAGCCGAGGAGAACAGGAAGAGCCCAGGAUGGAUAAGCAAAGCAGAGUGGCCUGGCAAGGACUUAAACACUUGUAGUACCGUCAUCCCUCCCUUUCCUCAUCUGUCCGUUCCCUGCCUUGGCACCAGUUCUUUUCCCUACCCUGUCCCCCUUUAUGCCCUGAAGCUAAAGUGUACACCACAGUUACCCCACUACAGGGAUCUUCCUUCUCCUGAACUUGCUGCAGCAUUUGCAUGCACACCCCUAUACCCCCUGGCUGUCCCAAGUCGGGCUUUUCCAGGAAAGACCUCCUCCACCUUGGCCAUGCCCCGAGGGUGGGCUGCUGCCCACACGUGCCAGCUUCCUAGUGUGCCAAGGGGAGGAGGGCUUGGGAAUGGACUUCCUAUCAGGUGUUCCCUCACCCCCACUGCCAAGGGCAGGUGUGGCUGCCCGGUCCUCCCUCCUGUUUCUGCCCUAUGCAGAGGAUCUAAAGGCAGAGAUGGAUGGAGGCUCGCUCACUCCUUUGGCUUCCCAUCUCUGAGGUGUUUGUUUAGCCUUUCUGCUGAAGACUCCACUGACUCACAAGGUAAGAAAGGAAUAAAAAUCAAAAAGUAAAACUCAUUGCCGUCGAGUUGAUUGACUCAUAGCUGCCCCAGCGUGUCAGAGUAGAACUGCACUCCAUAGAGUUUUUAAUCACUGUAAUCUUUUGAAAGUAGGUUGCCGGGCCUUUCUUCCUUGUCACUACUGGGUGAAUUCAAACUGCCCACUUCUCGGUCAGUAGGCUAGUGUAAACUACACCACCCAGGGAACCAUAAGAAAGGGAUAGAGGGUAUGAAACUCCAAGGCCUCCAACAGUGGAAUGUGAGGGAUUUGAUCGUUGAAGGAAGUUGUAUGAGAAGGAGCCUAUUCUUGCUGAAUGUGGACUAAUGCUUAGUGUGCGUAUUAUGCUUAUAUUGUCAUAUUUUAAAACAUUAAUGGGUAGACUUAUAAAACCCUGCUUCCCCAGAUCUGUUUCUGUCAUGAGGGGAGGGAUGCUUCACCUGUGUAAGAUCUUAGAAACUGCCUUGAAUGCAGCUACAGUCAGAGUGCUGGGUUCAAAUCCUCACCCCUCCAUUUACUAGCAGUGACCUGGAACAAGUUAUUUUGGUUUUUCAUUGGUAAACUGGGGGUAACAGCACUUAACUCAUAGGGUGGUUGUGAGGAUUGAGUGAGAUAAAGUGUGUCAUGCUCUUAGCACAAUACCUGGCUCACAGAAAGUGCUCAAACAACUUUUUAUUAUAAACCAACUCCUGAGGUUCUGAAAAGAUUAGAUGGUACUUGGAGGAGCCUUAGAGAGAAGGCAUCCCAAAAGCUGAUCAGAAGUUACAGUAGAAUCUCUUAGAAUGGGGAGGAGGAGGAGCGGCUGGGGCACAUCAUCAGAAGAUGAAAUUCUGGAUGCCUCAUUAUAUUUAAUCAGCUUGUACUUUCAACAAUAAAUUCCUUCUUACUUUCCUUUGCCUUUUGGUAAAACUCCCAUGGGGAAGGUUGAUCUGCCCAGCUGUUCUAAGGCAAACAAAAGCAGGGGAGCAGAGUGUGUGGCAGAUGGCAACCCAGAAGGGUGGGGAGGAAGGUGGGGUGUGGUGGGCAACAGGAAUCCAAGCGAGGAAACUCAAGAUGAGCUGUGAAGGCAACAUGGAUGUAAAAGGGAACCCAUCCAAGGAGUCCCCUUCUAGAGUUCUACUCUGCCACAACGUGGAGAACCUGAUGUUUUGUCUGUCCAUUCACCACCACCCUUUACAUCUCCCUACAAGGCCAAAGAUGCAGUCCAUUAAAAUAAAAAUACAAAUAAAUUGAAUGGCUUACUGGUGUCUGGGAUUUGCUGUAGGGUUUGCUGACACCUUGGCCAUCUUUUGCUGACUGGAAACUAAAGGAACUUCCCACUGGCCUGUAGCUCCCAUUACAGGUAAUUUCUUUUUCUCGGGGUCCUCCCCAUACUCUCAUACUCCUGAGCUUGGGAUGAGGAAGAGGGUGAGCUUUUGCCACCAAGAAGUAAAGUGGAGAUGAAGUGAGGGAGUCCAGGGGCUCUGAGCUGAAGGAGGGAAUGGCUGUGUCCUUUGUCUUUGCUACUUCUUUUUCCUCUUGCUUUCGUUCCCAGACCACAUACCUGCAUCUGCACCUGUCACUUCACCUGCACCCCCCCAAUCCACCUUACCUGGGCCUCUGGACCCUUCUUAGGUCAGGCUGCAGUGCUGGGUGUUCACCCAGCCUAGGACUGUGCAGAGCCAGGCCCUCUGUGUGAAUCAGACCUGGGCCCAGCACUGCGACCACACCUUGCAGCUGAAUGUCAUCAGGAUGGGUUGUUCCAAGGGCUGAGAACCAGCUCUACCAGAAGACGCAGUGAGUCUACUGGUUCCUGAAGGUGGGCAACGACACGUGGAUGGCUCUGCCCAACUGCACUGGCUGCUGACCUACCACGACCCACCUGGCCCCUCUGUCUGGGCAAGUGUUUUCAGCUGCACACGAGGAAUGGGCUGGCUAUGUGCUGAGCCGUACUGUGCUACAGCUUGUGGCCGUGGCGCUGACCUCUGGCCACUGUGGCCUUGGUGGCCCUAGAUGACCUGGAGGUGGGCAAAUGCCUGCAUCAGCUGGGUGUGGAGUUCAUGGACACCAGGGACCUCUGUGGCUAGGGAAUCUUCCACCCCACCCUUCCCGUGCAUCAUCCGACAGGGCCAGGAGACAGAUCCCUCCUGUAAGCUCUACUCCUGAUACCCAGUGCUCAAGGUGAGCAGGCUGGCCCAGGGCAGUCAUUCCCAGGGCUCAAGUGCUUAUCAGGUACCCUCUGAACAGGCACUGAUACUCCCCCAUUUACAAAUAAACAGAUGGCACUGAGAUAAUCUGCCCAAGCCCACCGAGCUAUGAAGUGGAGGGCCCAGUUUUGAAAUCAGAUCUGAACUUAAAGUUCGUGCUCUUGGCCAAAGCUACCGUUUUCUCACCUCUCUGAGCAUACCCCACAGGACACACUUUCAUCAAAGCACCACGCCCCAUGUCUCCCAGAAUGCUGCCAUCUCUGGAGUCAGCGACUCCUCUGUUCCCAGGGUCUCCACUGCUGCUCCAACUUGCCCAUCUCCUUCCACCAGGCAGUGACACACAUGAUGGAGUAUCUGACAACCACCUCCGUGCCCACCACCCUGCUACCAGCCCCAGUGGGAGGCACCCUCUGGCCCCACCCUGUCUGGCCCCCAGCUCCUCACCUUGACCACCAUUCCCUGACCCGCCUCUUCAAAAACAGACCAGCAGCUCACCCCCUAGACAAAAUCACUUCCUCUUUUAAUUGUUGUUGAAGAUUCACACCACCUGCCUCCAAGGAGAUGAGGGGGCAUUUCCCCUUUGCCCCCAUCUACAUCCCUCCGCAAAUUACCUGGUCCUUUGCAAAAUAUUUUACCGACAAAAAAAAAAAAAAAGACCGGAAACCACUGACACAGACAGCCCGGGGGGCUGGGUUGAUUGAGGGAGGCAGGGCUGGGCCAGGCAAGUCCACCCCACCACCCCCUUUCUGAGGAUGGGGUAGGGAGCCUGGAAACCCUCCCAACCACUUCACAUCCUCUUAGCCCCGGUUGGGAGGGAUCAUAGGGUUGAGGGAUGGGUCUGGAGCUGCUCCAGUGGGAGGGAGGGGCUGGACAGGGAGAAUACUGGGGGAGAGGUCCCAUUGUCAGGGUGCCCCCUACCCCACAUCACCACGGGCUGCACAGUCACAGGUACGCAGUCACAAGUCACAGACACUCACAACCCGAGAGCACCCCCACCCCAU